AUGUCUCGACACGUUCUAGUUAUCGGCGGCCACGGCAAGAUCGCCCAGCUGCUGACACCGAUCCUGCUCAAGCGGUCCUGGACCGUGACCAGCAUGAUCCGCACCCAGGAGCAGGCCGCCACUAUCGAGGCCCUGGGCAAGGGCCAGGCCGGCAAGCUCAACGUCCUAGUGAGCAGCCUCGAGGAUGUCCAGGAUGAGGCUCAGGCAAAGUCUAUCCUCGACAAAGUCAAGCCCGACUAUGUCGUCUGGAGUGCCGGUGCCGGCGGGCGAGGAGGGCCUGACAGAACCCUGCGCAUCGACCGCGACAUCUGCAUCAACUUCAUCAACGCCGCAGCAGCCACCCCGACCGUCACGCGCUUCCUCCUCAUCUCGUACGUCGGCUCCCGCCGCGCCAAGCCCUCGUGGUGGGACGGCGCGGCCUGGGACGCGGCGCAGGAGGUCAACAACGGCGCGCUCAAGACGUACUACCAGGCCAAGAUCGCCUCGGACGAGGCCCUGUACCGCGCGUCGCGCGCCCGCCGGGACUUUGCGGGCAUCAACCUCCGGCCCGGCACCCUGACGACCGAGCCGGCGGGCGCCAUCGAGCUGGGCAAGACGGCGACGUCGCGGGGCCAGUCGAGCCGGGCCACGGUGGCCGAGGUGGCGGCGCUCCUGCUGGAGAAGGGGGGCGUCAAGAACUGCUGGCUCGACCUGCUCGACGGCAAGGACGACAGGCAGGCGGCCGUCGACCGCUGCGUCAAGGAGGGUGUGGAUGCGGCUGAGGGAGAGCCCGUCUUUACCGAGAAGUGA